AUGGUUGCCAGCGGUCGGUGGACGUGGUGCGGUGUCGCCGUACUAUCGUUCUUGCUCUCAUCAAGAUCAAUAUGGAGCGGCUUCCUAGUUGCCGCUGUUAAAGAAGCCGCUCGGAGCAUCGGCGAUGCAACGCAAACCACGACUGGUCAUGCUGAUCACCAAAACCAAGAGCAUGGACGAAAUCAAAACACCAGAAAAUGCUCAGGAGCCUCGUCCAUUGGUGCAGAUUACAGUAGUGGUACCGGAUCAAGCGCAGGAUCUGCGUCUGCGUGUGCUGAAAAUGAUAGAACGGAUCAGAAGAAGAUCUUUGGGAUAGGAGAACCGGUGUGGUAUUUUCAUCGUGAGUUUCGGAGUUCGCACAAGCAAGCAGGGUUUGCUGCAGUAUUGGAUCGCAGUCAUGGCAUUUAUCGUCCGCGCAUUGGUCUCACGGAAGGCUAUCUGCCAGGUCGCAUCACUGCCAUCGACUACUACAUGUCCUCACUUACACCUCCUAGCAAUAUCAGUAAAACGUCUAUCUCAAUAAAGGCGAAGGUUACAUCACUAGGAUCGAGCUUGCGCAAGAUGUUUGCAGAAAGAGCAGCUGGUCGUGAAAUGACUCAACAGGAGAGUCACCAGACGUCUGUUCUUGAUGAAACUCCACUUAACGGGGACAUCAACGACAACAACAUAAUCGAGCGUGCUCGGGUGCAGCUUGGACCUCAUUUUGGCCCAGAGCAUUUGGUUUACACUGUUCGAUCCGAGUGGCCGCAUUUUGCAGAUGCUAGAGGCAUUUUCUUUGGCGGACACGAUCGGAAUUUGCAAAUUUUUCGCAAUGUCACCAGCAAUGGACUUGUGUUUCGAAGAGUCGGCCAAGAUGAAUCGUCCGCGAUGCCUCCGAAUAUGGUGCGUGGUUCGGAUUACACUGGAGGAAGCGAUCAUGAUCAUUUUCGGCCAAAGUUGUCUAUUCUAGCCUUUCGCUGGGGCGGACGGGAGGUUCCGGCAACUAAGGAGAGCGAGUUCCUCGCAACAAGUCCGACAUUCAUGUAUCACCUGUUAUGGAAAGAUCUCAGUCCUUUCUAACUAAAACUAGUAGCCCAUUGCGCUAUCCUAACAAGUGGCACUAGAAGUAGACACAACCUACCACAUGAUACAAAUUCCUCCUAAAAUACUUAAACAAAGAGUCAGUAAUAUUCAAGGGGUUAUCGGUUAUGACCACUAGCUAGGUCCGCUGCAUGUAGUUCCAGACCUCGAAGUUGAUGAGUUUUUUUUCCCUUUUCUUGUCCUUCGGCAUUGUUUAUAAUUUCACUUCCUAAUCCAAAUCCUACUAGUACUAAGUAACUAUGUCUAGAACUAGAUCUAGUAGUAUGUCUAUUAUUUGUUCUUGCCUCCUGCUUUCAUAAUGGCAAGACCUUGCGCUGCAGCCGAUGCUUGGAAAUGACUAUGAAGUUUGGUCGAUCUGGGUCUCAUCACCGGAUGAAUGCGUUAUCCUAUCGAAGAGCUUGCACCUCAUUUUUGGAAAAAAUCAUCCGGCUAGACGGGCAGAGCGCAUAGCUGGUGAGUCAACUUGUGCUUUGUUCUUGUAAAUGUUGUAAACUCGUCUUGUCCACCACAUUCAUCAUUUUCAUUGUUUCGUCAGAUUCUUGAUGUUGAUCUUAUAUCCUAUGGUUGUAUACCUACUACUUACAACUUCUAGCAGCCUACCUCUCCAUUAACAACGUCCUUUUGAAACACAAAAAAAUUCUCCACAGGCUUACUUUUGAAUUUUUCUUCUUCUAAACUAUAUCUACAGCCUUCUACUUUUUGCAUCCGUCCUCUUUCGAUUUUGGUUCUGAGCCAUUGUAUCAGACGGGAUCGGCCAAUGGUGCUGGCUAUAUUGAACAGUCGCCGUUCUAUGAUAUGAUGCGUGCGUCCGAAAGGUUGGGCAUAUACAGCGCGUUUCCUCACCAGAGCGCACUGUAUCACCAAUUGACUGCGAAGACUUGGUCGAGCCAACUGAGCUUGGAGCCGCGGUAUAGCAUCCCGCCUACCGUGUCGCUUCCACGUGUCUUCGUUACACAGGAUCCGCAAAGUGCAGCUGAGCGUGCGAUUCGAGCUCUGGAGCACAUCAAGCGAGUGCAAUUACGAUAGAACAAAAUAAUUCAUUUCAUCAGCAUCACUAGGUCUAGCAUAAUUGAUGUUGAACUACUUUUACCAUGACAUAGACAUCUACAAUGUAGAUGUCUAUGUCAUCAUUUACAAUUCUGCAUUUUCAUCAUCAUCAUUUGUGGAAGGCAGUGUCGACAUCAACAUAAGUACUUAUGAGAUUCUCUACUGAGUUGAAUUCUAACCUCUUCCAAGCGUCGAAUGGAAGAGCAGGCGACGAAUGAGACUCCCAUCUUUUUGCAUUCAGAAAAUGUUGUCAAAGGGGUCGCGAAGCUCGGCUAUUCGUGGGAAGCACUAGACGUGAAACUGUGGCAGAAUACGAAUAGCCUGCUUCACAAUCAACAACAACUAGAUGGGACGACGACGUCAGAGCCACGCGAAUUAAGAGGACUCAAGACAAUUUUUAUUCUUUUCCUGAGCCUAUUUGUAUUUGGCUCAGAAGUUUCCCCUUGGAUGCUGGGAGCUGACUACGCCCUCCAUAGGCAUAGGAGAUGAGUUAUACUGAAUUGUGAGCUCUAAGUAGUAGAGAAGGUAAGAAUACGAAGCACAACUACCCGCUCUCAGCCGCAUUGAGGGAUCUGUCGGAUACCAUCAAUAUAUCAAACGAGCUUGUGGGACAAGCACAUCGUCUCGACUGGAUUAUGGUUCAGGAAUUCGUUCCUCACGCUCUCGAAAUGCGACUCUACUACAUCAAGGGAAAGCUGAAACAGGUAUUGCUUUUCUUCUUUCUUGUUGAUCUUUUUGGGCAAAUCAAACAACUGUCAGGAGUUAUUUGUUUCACUUUAUGGCUUACGGUCAGUUUUUUGCACUUCUAGCCCUCCUUCAUCGUUUUUCAUCCUCCUCCACCUCCCACACCCACGCUUCAACAUUUGUCACAGUUCUAUUUUCUCCACUCUCAAUUCAAGGUCUGGUAUACGCGGUUUAACAGCGUGAAAAGCAACAACGAAUUUGGAGAGUUUUAUUACAUGAGCGAGAGCGUCGCACUCUCGUAUAUGCGUGGAGACGUGAAAGCGCUUCGCGAGGCCACUAAAAAAGGCCAGCUGCUGGCCGAAUCUCUCCUAGAUUGGCUCGUAACGCAAACCGGCGAACUUACGAUACCAGCGAUCCGAUUUGACCUGUUUGUUCAGUAUAAUCCACAGAUUUAGAUAUUCAGAUACUUCUCAUCCACUUCUCAAUUGCUACUGGAUAUGAGAAUUACUACAUCGACGUCAUCGAUGUUCCGCUGUUGUUUCAUUACUUUGAAUACCUUUGUUCAACAUCCGAAGAUACAACUUUGUUCCUCCAGAUAUCUCCCAGACGCAACCCCUACGAAACCAUGGACUGAAUAUGAGGAAAAGUGGGAUUCUUCACUCAGUGGCCGCACAGCCAUCGACGAGAGCCGUCCGCAGGCUGGGCAGGUACGAAUAUCGCUACUGGAGAUCUGUGAGGCGGGCUUCAGCAUUUUCGGAUCGGAGAGUCUGAAACGCGAGAAGCUCAAAGCCAUUGUGGAAUCGGCGUUGGAGAAUGGGAGGAACUAGUUGAUAAUUCUAGUGGGAAGAAGGUUCUUGGAGGGUGGAAUUAGUACUAGGAGGGUGGAAAUAGUAGAACUACUAGAAGUAGGAAUAGUAGUCGGAGGAGACCUAGAAGAUAUCGAGUUCUUUGAGAGUUUUGUGCAGAAGUUGUUGUCAGUAGUGGGUAGGCUAGAAGAACUUUUCAAGAUAUUAUAAGAGCAUAUUACAUGAUGAUCAAGAUAUUAUAGGAGCAACAUACAUCGUGGCGACAAACACAAAUACCAUCAUCGACAAAACAUACAUGCGCAUACUAUUCAUUAUUAUCACAGACGAUAGGCAUUACCAUUAUCACAAUGUACCGAUCGAGUAGAGGUAGAACGAAUUGACAUCAAUCAGUGAUGAACAGAGUUUACAGAUUAUCAUGUUUAAAAAGCUUUUUAGUUUUGUAAUAGUACUUACUACAACUACUAGCACGUGUAAAAAAGAUAUUGAUCAUGGUUUCCAAAUUUGUGUGUGUGCUGACCACCUGCUCGGGUCAACGUCAAUUAUCACGUCGUUUCGUCGUGUUGCACAGGUCCUAUUCCAAGUAGCUGGAGGAUUGCAUAGUCGCAUAGCAGAUAUUAACGGUGUAAACGCAAGAAAUAUCGUUGUCAUUUAUCUUAUACUUUUUGAAUCUACAGCAGUUGGUUCACUCCUGGUACUAGCCUGAUAGUACUCGUUCACCGAUAUUAUUCCCACUCACGCA